UAGUGCUCGGACCUUGUGAGCCCAUAGAUCUUUGACAAAGGUUUGUGAGAUGUUUUCUGUGGCUCUGGCCACUCUACUGUGCUCGGCUGUGGGACUGGGUUCAGGGGUGAGGUUGAUCGACAAUGGCUACGAAGGUCUCGUUAUUGCCAUCAACCCCGCCGUGCCGGAGGACCCCAAACUCGUCGAUGCCAUCAAGGAAAUGGUCACCCAAGCCUCUGCCUACCUGCACACAGUUACAAACAACCAAAUGUAUUUCAGAAAUGUCAGUAUCCUGAUCCCAUCCUCUUGGAAAACAAACUCCAGCUACCAGCAGCUGAAAUCCGAGUCCUACGGUCAAGUAUCUCAAGUGAGAAAUCACAAUUUAAUCAUCGAACGAUUUUCCCCACGCAUCAGUAGAGGUGUCCUGAUAAGGCACAGUUAUCACACAGUGGUUUCCCCGUGCACACAGGCGGAGGUGCUUAUUGCUCUCCGAGACGACCCCGAGGAUGACUCGCCGUACACUCACCAGUACGGGCUGUGCGGGGACCCCGGACAGUACAUUCAGCUCACCCCCAACUUCCUCCUGGCCGACAAAAACCUUGACGCGUACGGCCCAAGAGGUACCUUACAUAAACUCGUUCUGUUCAUGCGCCAAAUACAACCUGCUAGCACCCAAGCUGGUCACGUCUCAGAAGUUACGCAGGAUUGGGUUUGGUGCUCUUUUUCAGUGGCUGCCAGGGAAUCGAGGUGUUGUAGUCGUGGACUGCAAAGGGUGACCAAUGAUGGAAGAGCCUUUGUCCAUGAGUGGGGGCACCUUCGCUGGGGACUCUAUGAUGAAUACAGCAUUGACAUUCCUUUCUACUUUGAGAGUGGAAAGGUGGAAUUCACAAGGUGCUCAAAAAACAUCACGGGUGGCAAUGGAGUGGUAACGUGUGGAAGCACCGGGGCUUGUAAAGUGCGGGAAUGUAACAUCAAUCUCUUCACUGGCCUGCCAGAGGAGGACUGCUCAUUCUUCCCGGACAAAGACCAAACAGCGCAAGAAUCCAUCAUGGCCCUACAGUGGCUUGACAAUGUGAGCUGCAGCUACUUAACCUACUUCAGGUCUCAAACAUUUGACUUUUUUUGGCAGGUGCAAGAGUUCUGCUCGGCAAGCUCGCACAACAAGGCAGCUCCGAAUCCACACAACCGGCUGUGUGGUUUGAAGAGUGCCUGGGAGGUGAUGCUGGGCCACCAAGAUUUCGCCAACCCCACAGUGGACAAUCCCAUGGAUCCGUCGUUCACCCUCUUGCGUCCCAUACACCGGGUCAUCGUCCUCGUCCUAGAUGUGUCUGGCAGCAUGGCAAAUUUCCAACGGAUCCCGAGACUCCGGCAAGCGUCGGAAAUAUUCAUCAUGCAGAUCCUGGAGGAUGAAACAAUGGCUGGAAUCGUGACGUUUGAUCACCAGCCAAACGUCAACAAGGGGCUGACCAGAAUCACGGAUGACACGAGCCGAAAAGAUUUCGUGAAAUACCUGCCUCGAGCCUCCGAUCGGGGCGGCACAGAAAUAUGUAAAGGAGUACGGCAGGGACUUUUGGUUUUGUCAGAAGACAAUGGCGACGCCUACGGAGAUGAGAUAAUUUUGCUGACCGACGGUGAGGACAAAGGGAUCAGCCUCUGUUUCCAGGAGGCCUUCGACAGCGGCUGCACAAUCCACACCAUCGCCCUGGGGCCCGGUGCAGAUGCGGGUCUUGAGACGCUCUCGACCAUCACCGGUGGAUUGCACUUUUACGCGACGGACAACUUAGACACGAACGGCCUCGUGGACGCGUUCACAUCCACGACGACAGACACCGGAGACUCACACUCUCUGGUGGUACAGCUCGAGAGCACCGGGGAAACCAUGAGCAGCAACGAGUGCCUCGAAGGAGUGGUGUACAUGGACACGAGCGUGGGAAACAACACCAAGUACGUCGUCACGUGGCUCUCGAACAAGGUUCCUGAGAUCCUCGUCAGCGACCCGGGCGCCAACAACUACACCAAUUUGAAUUUCACCAUCGACGAGGACUUCAAAACCGCACGGUUGACCAUUCCGGGAACCUCGCAACCUGGGGUGUGGAGUCACUCGAUAUGCAACAGAGCUGCCGACGAGGACACAUUUGCCCUGAUGGUGACCAGCAGCGCAUCCAGACAAGGAGUUAAACCCAUCACCAUGGAGGCGCACGUGCUAUCGGGUGUGGGUGGACAGCCCCAAAUCAACGCCAUCUACGCCCAGAUCAUGCAGGGCUUCACGCCGGUCGUGGGCGCCACUGUCUUUGCCUUCAUAGAGCGGCCAAGCGAGCCAGUGGCCUACAAGCUGGAGCUUCUGGACAACGGGGCAGGUGCCGAUGUGAACAAGGACGAUGGGGUUUAUUCUAGAUUCUUCACGCAGUUCACGGAGACUGGCCGUUACAGCGUGAAGGUGAAGGUGACGGGUGAAAGGACGACCGCGAGGCUGGCUCCACAAAGACACUCCCGGGCCUCCUUCAUUCCGGGCUUUCGCAACGAGAAAGGGGAGCUGGAGGUAACGCAGGUGCCAGCACCGGCGGGUGGGCAGGUACUGGUGCCGAGCGAGGACUUCAGUCGAGUGGCAUCGGGAGGCUCCUUCCAGGCGACGGUGCCGCCGGGCGGGCCCCCGGACAUCUACCCUCCGUGCCGCGUGCUGGACCUGACGGCCGAGUUGCUGGCGCCGGGGAUCGUCAGCCUGGCUUGGACGGCGCCCGGGGACGACGCCGACUUCGGCCAAGUCAGCAGUUUUUGCAGAACCUCGUGGUUGUAG